GUGAACUCCAAUGUGACCCGUGCAGAACAUUCCAACUCCCCAAACUAUCUCUGGUGCGCCGGGCUCCGCGACCAUGUACCCGAACGGCGGCGCUGAGGUGCGGCAGCUCCGCGGAGCAAUGACUAUGGCUGACGCUGGCAGAUGGGGCACUUUGCACCACCCCCUCGGUCGCCCGCGCACGCCCAGGCCGCGCUCCUCCCGCCCUCCAGCACCGACUUCAGCGGGCUGCUCGACGCGCCGGGCAUGGCCAUGGGCAUCGACCUGGAUCUCGCGCUCGACGACGCCAGCCUCAGCGCCGGCUACGCGCCGUUCCUGCAGCACCUCCCCGACGAGCGGACGGCCGCCGGCGCGGGCCCGCUGCCCACGGGCUUCGGCGCGCCCAGCACCAACCCCAGCGGCAGCACGCUGACCGAGUUCACCAAGCGCCGCAACUGGUCGCAGCGCGUGCUCGAGGAGCUGCGCGACCUGCUGCACAUCCUGACCCCCAAUGGCCGCAUCCUGUACGUGUCGCCCAGCAGCAAGGCGCUGACCGGCUGGGACCCCGCGCAGCUGCUCGGCCGCUUCAUCAACGAGUUCAUCCACCCGGACGACAUCGGCAUCUUCGUCAAGGAGUUCAACGAGAGCAUCGCGUCCGGCAACCCGCUGCGCUUCUUCUACCGCUUCCGCAAGGCCGACGACUCGUGGGGCAUCUUCGAGAGCCACGGCCACCCGCACCUGUCGACGGACCCCAGCGCCUUUGCGCCACCCAACUCGCUCAACUGCCGCGGCUUCUUCAUCAUGGCGCGCCCGUACCCGACCAAGAACGCCGCCCUGCUCGACUCGUUCCUAGAGCACAAGAUCGAAAACGAGCGCCUGACCAAGCGCAUCGCGGAGCUCAAGCGCGAAGAAGCCGACGAGCACGACGACUGGACGCGCGCAGACACGGCCACCGCCGACUCGGCGCCGCCCUCGACCGCGCCCCCCGCCCCGCCCGCGUCCACCCCCGCCGCCGCCGCCGCCUUCGCCCAGCUCGCCAUGCCGCCCCCCGCAAAACCGACCCCCGCCAACGCCGCCCUGACCGCCCAGAACCUCUCCGAAGCCGCCGCAUCCUCGCGCACCGAGAACAUCAGCGACAAAAUGGCCCGCUACGAGGGCGCCACGCACCUCGAGACGAUCGAGAUGCUGACGGGCCUGCGGUACCGGGACGGCGAGCGCUCGCAGGGCAUCAGCACGGGGGACGCAUCGCCGCUGCUGAUACGCGGGGAUGCGGGGAUAGCGAUUAGCGUUGAUAGGGAGAGGGGCGGGGAUAAGAAGAAGAAGAUUAAGCUUGCGGAUGAGUACGUGUGCACGGACUGCGGGACGCUGGAUUCGCCUGAGUGGCGCAAGGGGCCCGGCGGGCCGAAGACGCUGUGUAAUGCGUGUGGAUUGCGCUGGGCCAAGAAAGAAAAGAAAAAAGCAAACCCAAACACCCCGGGCCACCACUCGUCCUCCACGCCCGGCCUGCCCAUGCACCAGAGCACGGGGAGCAGCUAGUCUCGCGCUGCCUCGUCGACGCGCAGGGGCCGGGGGGCGCGGUGGCGGGCGCUGCUGCUGAAGUAGAGGAUGCAGAGGUAGAGGACGCCGAAGCAGCGCGUUGAGCAGCGCCUGUUGAGCAGCGCGUGCAAGCCGUGCCUUACGAAACCCGCAAGUCGAACACAGCUAUCUUGCACACCCCCGCGCAGCACACCAACACACGCUCCAUGUCAGGCGCGGGAGGGAGGGGAUAUAUCCAUUGACACGAGAAGGGACGGCAGAUGUACUGAUCCCCGUGGCAUGGCAUUGGACUAUUUGGAUAUAGGAUAUUGGAUAUUUGGAUCAAAGGAUCAUAGCAUCGACGGGCGUAGACGCAGAGCGCAGAACGCACAACGCACAACAACAGUGGUAAGGGGAUGUUGACGAAGAAGAGCCGUAGAAGCGACAGAGACCAGGCGUAGACCAGACGUAGAAGAAACAUCGAUACCUUUAUGACAUGAC